GCCUUGUCAACGAGCCUUGUCCUGUCAACAUCGUUCGAAUUGGCGAAUCUGCCGAAGCCACAGCUUUGCAGCGGUUGGACAGCAUCAUAGGUUCGUCCGCGGCGACGUCGGCCCGUCCGACUCACUCUCCCUCUUCUCCCCCUUCCUCACCCUCACCCGCCCCUCAUGCUGCCACAUCCCAUGCCACUGCACCAACAGCAGCAGCAGCAGCAGCGGCAUCGCCAUCGAAACGAAGGCGGCUAAGGCUGUCGGCGGCCUCGCUGCGGUACUGUCUGUUUGUCAUCUUCGGCGCGUGUUGGGUGGGGCUGCUGCUCGUCACGGCCGUGCUUGCAGCGUCGCGAUGGAAUACGCCCAGUGUCCAUGCGAGCGGCGGCCAUGAUGCAUCCGAGGUGAUGCUAGAUGGGUCAGUGGGGGAGGGGACUGUGCUUGUGCAGGAGGGGAAGGAGGGAAAGGUGUACAGUGAUGAUGGCCCUGGAGAGGUGGCUGGUGAGGCGCCGUCACAGUGGUGGCCAUCGACGAUUUAUGCGCUGGGCGACAUCCACGGGGACGCCAUGAACACACUGCUGCUGCUACACGCAGGUGGGAAGGGCAGACAGAAGAGGGGCUGGAGGUACAGAUGUGAGCACACACGUGUGGAUCUUGGUUGGUUGGUCGGUUGGUGGUGUGUGUCAUGUCAAUGCAAUGCAGCUGGGGUGGUGAAUUCGUCUGCACACUGGAUAGCCAAAGACGCACUGCUCAUCCAGGUGGAGAAAUGGGCACGCUGAAGCUAUUCCGCGAUGAGCCCAUAGCUGUUUUCCCCUCCCCUUGUUGUGUGUACUCAGACGGGUGACAUUGUCGACCGCGGCCCCGACAGCCGCGAGCUGUACGAGUACUUCAUGCUGCUCGACACGCAGGCGAGGCAGCAGGGCGGCAGGUUGGUGCAGCUCCUCGGCAACCAUGAAGCCCUCAACCUCUGCAACGUGCUCGUGUAAGUCACAACGGGAGAUGCUGUCCUGCGCAUACAAUCGUCACCUAUGUGCGUGCAGGUACGUAUCUCCUGCCGAGUUUGAGACGUACGGCGGCGCGGAGCAGAGGGCGUUGGAGUUCUCAGAGAGGGGAGAGAUCGGAAGGAAGCUGCGCUCGCUAGGUCGGUCGGGGUGAAUGGGUCAACGAGGAAACACAACACACACACACACACACACACAGACAAGACAGAUCUUUCUCUUGCUCUCGUUUGUUGACUGCAGAUUCGGCGGUCGUCUACAAUGACAUCCGUAAGCCACAAACUGUCGCCCACACGGCAUCCGUCAUUUCAUUCCCCCGCGUGUCGUGUCUGGAUCUGCAGUGUUUGUCCACGCUGGUCUGCUGCCCAAGUUCGCCCAGCUGGGCCUCGACGCCGUCAACGAGGGCGUCAGGCGCGAGCUCGGGGCGGCCUGCAGCGUGGAGGGGUCGGUCUUCACCGGCGAGAGGGGGCCGCUGUGGGACCGUGUGCUGGCCACGUCGGCCGAGUCGCGGGCCUGCCCCCUGCUGGACCAGACUCUCGCUGCAGUGGCUGCGAAGCGGAUGGUGGUCGGCCACACGGUGACGCAGUCGGGGCGCAUUGAGCUGCGGUGUGACGGCAAGCUGGUCAAGAUCGACGGGGGGCUGAGCAGAUAUAUCAUGAACAGGCCAGGUGCGUUGGUUAGUCCAGACGCGCUUACACGGCGCGCUUCACGGUCAGGUGGAUCAGACGGGCGGUCACGGUCACUUACGCUGAUUGGUUUGUUGCAGUGCUGUUGGAGAUCCGUGCUGGCGAUGGUUGGUACCAGAAGUGGCUGGAAGUGAAUGCGACGACCAGACAGCCCAUCCUGCACACACAGCCUCUGCCCAUCAGUGACGGUGACACGCAGGCAGCCGACGACGAGCAGCAGCGGCAGGGGAGUGCGGGGUCGGAUGAGUCCACCGUGAUCCAGCUGAUUUGAUGGAUGUCAUGUGCGUGCGUGUUGAAAGGCAGACGAUAAGAUGCAUGUAUAUGCCUAGUGAUGAUGACUGUUGAUGUGUGACGAUGAACGAACGGAUAGCCGCCAGAGUGCCCAACACGAUCUUUGU